UUUGCCUCCAACAGUCGUCUGCUCUGAACGACUCACACCAACCCGGAACUUUUUAACUCAACUAAUCACUCCUGAAAACUUACUGCAAGGAGUUUCUGACUGUUUCUCCGAGCAGAUCAAAUGUUACUUUAAGGAAAGACGCUUCUAUAGUUAGAGUUAGUGUCUUCUGAGGAGGAGAAACAGACAGUUGUAAAUGUUUCUGGCUCGGACUGCAGUGGUUGCUGUGGGACACUAACGGUAGCCCUCAUCUUGUCUUCUCAAACCAGCUAUAGAGUGGUGGAGUCAAGAGGUGCCAACAUGCCUCAACAGAAGGACAUAGUGAAGAUAGCCAUCCAGAUGCCUGGGGCCUACCCCCAGCUCAUACAACUGGACCAGAAAAAGCCUCUGUCGGCUGUCAUAAAGGAAGUGUGUGAUGGCUGGAAUCUUCCAGGUCCUGACAACUACGCUCUGCAGUAUGCUGAUGGAGUGCAGACGUACAUCACUGAAUCGAAUCGUCUGGACAUUAAGAACGGCUGCAUUCUGCGUCUGACCAAGGCACCGGGCCGCUGUGCAGAAGACUUGUACAAGGGCAUCCAGAGCUCGGACUCGGGCGUGCGCUGCGAUUCGCUGAAGGAACUGGCGAGCGUUUCCACGGACGUGACCUUCGCUCAGGAGUUCAUCAGUCGAGACGGACAUCUCCUAUUGGUCAAGAUAGUAGAGGACGCUAAUGAGAGUAACGUGAUCAUGACCCACACACUGACAGGCUUCAUGGAACUGAUGGAUCAUGGGAUAGUUUCAUGGGAGAACCUGUCGUCUGUCUUCAUCAAGAAGAUCGCCGGCUUUGUCAACGCCAAGCCGACCGACGCGUCAAUACAGCAGGUGUCCUUGGACAUCCUGGAGAGCAUGGUGCUGAGCAGCCACAGCCUCUUCCUGCAGGUCAAACAGGAAGUCACGAUGGAGAGGCUCAUCGCUCACCUCCAGGUGACAAACCAGCAGAUACAGACCAAAGCCAUGGCCCUGCUUAUGGCACUACUACAAACAGCCGGGGACAUGGACAGACAGGAAAUGUUUGCGUUCCUGAAUAAGAAGAAUCUCCGUCAGUACAUUUAUAAAAACAUCAUCCAUAGUUCUGGUCAAGUCCAGGACGAGAUGGCCCACUACCUCUACGUCCUACAGUCCGUUACCAUGAAUCACCUGGAGCCUCGCAUGAGGACGCCUCUGGACAGCUACAACCAGGACCAGAGAGAAAUCCUCCACAGUUUGCGGCAGUCUGCGUUUGAGACAGAAAGCGAGAACAGUCUGAGCAACGAGAGGCGACGCUCGCUCUGCGCCAAAGAGUUCAAGAAGUUAGGCUUCUCUAACAAUAGUAACCCUGGUCAGGACUUGGUGCGAACGCCUCCUGGUCUCCUAGCUUUGGACACCAUGUAUUAUUUUGCCGCACGCUAUCCUGAUGCCUACAGCAGGUUUGUCCUGGAGAACAGCAGCAGGGAAGACAAACACGAGUGUCCAUUUGCCAGGAGCAGCAUCCAGCUCACACUCAUCCUGUGUGAAAUCCUUCGUAUCGGAGAGCCCCCCUCAGAGACGAGAUCUGACUACCACCCCAUCUUCUUCAGUCAGGAUCGGCUGGUGGAGGAGCUUUUCUGUGUCUGCAUUCAGCUGCUCAACAAGACCUGGAAGGAGAUGAGAGCCACACAGGAGGACUUUGACAAGGUGAUGCAGGUGGUGAGGGAGCAGAUCACCAGGACGUUGUCCAGUAAGCCGACCUCCCUGGAGCUCUUCAAGAACAAAGUCAACGCCCUCAACUACAGCGAGAUCCUCAAGCUGCGGCAGACAGAACGGCUGCACCAAGAGGAGACUCUUGCUCCACCCGUACUUGAGCUCAAAGAGCGCCUGAAGCCAGAGCUGCUCGAGUUGAUCCGCCAGCAGAGACUCAACAGGCUGUGUCAAGGAACACAGUUCAGGAAGAUUAGCAGCCGACGCAGACAGGAUAAACUGUGGUACUGCCGCUUGUCACCCAAUCACAAAAUGCUUCACUACGGUGAUGUGGAGGAAGACACGGACCCCACGAUUGAAAACCUGCAAGAGAAGAUUCCAGUUGCAGAUAUCAAAGGCUUGUUGACGGGUAAAGACUGUCCUCACAUGAAGGAGAACAAGGGCAAACAGAACAAGGAGGUUCUGGACCUGGCAUUUAGCAUCGCAUACGAUGUAGAAGAGUACAGCCUGAACUUCAUCGCCCCCUCCAGAACUGAUUUCUGCCUGUGGACAGAUGGACUGAGUGUUCUCCUUGGCCGCGAGAUGAGCAGUGAAUCCAUGCGCAGCGAGCUGGAGAUCCUGCUCUCUAUGGAGAUUAAGCUCCGCCUCCUGGACCUGGAGAACGUCUCCAUCCCUGACAGCGCGCCGGUCGUCCCCAAACCGCCGAGCAACUAUAACUUCUGCUACGACUUCAGCCAGACUGAGCAGUAGAGUGUGUGUGUGUGCAUUCGCUGUAGUGCAACCAGGACGUGUGAACGUGUAAAUAUAUAUAUAUAUAUAUGUGUGUGUGUGUGUGUGCGUCUGAAAAAAGAGGCGUGUGUGUGAUGAGAUCUGACCUGUGCAUCCAUGCACUUAUUCCUAUUACACAGAUUUAUAACAUUAGGUGUUGAUGAUGUUCUGGACAUCCAAGUGAAACAAUGAACAGGAGAAAACCUGUGGAAACUACAAUAGUGGUUGUGGGUGUGAACUGCUGCCAAAUGGCUAUUGAACGAUACUAAUGCUGCAGAUGAUCUGGGAGAGAAAUAUCUUCAGUUCCGUCUCUCUGUUCAUGAUUCCUCCUCAGCUGUCUGGAGACUUCAACACCAACUCCAAAAACAACUUGGCUAAAUGAAAUUCCUCUUAUACAAUACAGCCACUCAAGUAAUGGUACUUUCGUUUUUGUUUCGUAAUCAUCAUUUUAUAUUUCUAAAUAUAUGUAAAACUAUGUACGAUACAUGGAAUAUUCCUGUGUGCGAGGUUGUGCUCAUUUGUUAAAUUUUCUUUUCUGUUGCUUUUUUUUCAAAAUGGGCAUUAACUAGAACACAGUGCUUACUCAAGAUGUGGUACAAAGACAAAUGCAGUAUGUUUCUAGUGUUGGACACUAUUUUGCUUAAAUAUACCUAAUGUUGGUACUGGCCUUGGUACGGAUCCCAGCGGCUCGAUAUGAUUACUGUGGAGCAGAGAUGCUGACACAAUUUUUAUUUUUUUAUAGGUACCAAGCUGACUUUUUCUGUUUGUUUUUAACAAUAGGCAACUGUACCUUUGCAAUAAUCAACAGUUUUAUAAUGAGAAAAACUUGUGACUUGUGUUGAGUUUUAUAUCCAGCUAGCAAUCAUCCCUGUAUAUCUGUAUGAUACAGUAUGCAAUCAGUUUUUCUCAACUGUCUUGGAUCAGAUCCUGAAACUGAUCAAUUUUAUACAAGGUGCUAUUAUAAUAUGAUGGAGGUCACAUGCUACACUCCGACUCACCUAGCACUCAACGCUGACACUCGAAGCAGCUACUCAAUAACUGACAGAGGUCUACAGUAUAUUACGCUGUGUGUUUGACUGUUUUUUUUUGGCACAGGGUUAUUUGAUUUAAGCACAGUCUCGACUGUUCUCUGCAGUGCAUUCCUGAUACACAUGAUAUCCACUUUGAAUCACAUGCUUUGGGUGACUUCACAUGAAUAAACAGAUUGAUUUACACUGAGAAAAAACAGGCAUGUGUGAUGUUUUGCGGUUUAUUUAUAAAAAUCAGCAUCUUUCAUCAUUGAUUUUUCAUCUUUACAGUCUAUAAUUCUCCCUCUGGCGUAGUGCAGCAGACAUACGGCAGUAUAAAGGGAUAUGGUUUCUAAUUAGGCUACAGUGGUUAGUGGAGACAACAAACGGAGAGAGUACACACACAACAGUUUGCUUUUAUGCUUCUAGUAUCCAGUAAUAACAGCAAAUGUCCACAGAUUUUCAUUGAGAAAUGUUGUGACCUGAUUUGUCUGCUGUUUGUGGGAUAUUUCAAUAAAUUCCUUCAAAUC